UUAAAGAUGGCAGCCCGCUACGGUGAAUCAACAACGAGAGAACCUUCUGAAAUAACUGCUGCAAAAACAGAAGCAAUAAGAGUCUGUGAAUUGUGUCUAAAGGAACCAUCGAAAUACAAAUGUCCCCGGUGUGGCGUGUUGUACUGCUCCUUGUCAUGCUAUCGUGGAGGAAAACAUUCAGAUUGCUCUCAAACAUUUUAUAAAGACAACUUCAUGGAGAUAAUGAAAAAUGAAAAGAAGAGUGAAGAUGAUCACAGGCGUAUGCUUGAAAUCCUACAUCGAGUUGAUGCUGAAUACAAACCACUGUUUGAUGAUGGAGCAGAGAUUGAGGAAGACGAGGAAGAUAGUGAAACAGCUGAGAUGUUGGAGGAGAGGAUAGCUGGACUUGAUCUUGACAAGGAUACAGACCUGAUCUGGGAACAGCUGACUGAGAAAGAGAGAAGGGAUUUUGAGUCCAUGUUACAUGCAGGACACCUGGGAAACUUAGUACCCCUCUGGAAGGCAUGGUGGGAGGAACAUGACCAGAACCUUGUCAAAGAAGUUGGCAUAGAGCCACUAACGCCCACUCCACUUCAGUCAACUCCAGCCCCAGAAAAGCUGAAGGAACCAUCAUAUGCGGACGAGAUUGAAGUAGACCUUGAGAAAAUGGCCGCAGAUUUUGGCUUGAAUUAUAAAGAGGAGGAAAAGACCAAUCAAAAUAUUUCAGAAUUAUCAAUUUCUUGCCCGUGUCCAUCCAUUCUCAAAAAGAUUCCAAAGUUGAGCGAGUUACUACGAAACAAGAAGCCAUCAGAAUCUGUGAUGUACAAUCUACUGAACAUUCUAUACAGCUAUGCGUGUGUUGUCAGACUGUACAAUGGAGCACACAGAGAUUUACCUCUACCAGUUGCUCAGAACUUGUUGGAAUUGUCUUCCACUCUGAGUGACAAUGUGAAUUACAGUGGAACAGAAGAGUCCUUGGCAAGUGCAAUACACAAUGCAUUAAAGUCCCUGUCAACAAGUAACGUAUUUUCCACAUCCAUUCUCCAAGAUGUGAUUCACAUUCUCCUAGGGGCAGCACAUGAUGCACCGAUCAGCUAUGUCCAUGCUGCCUUGUCUGAUCUGCAUAGAUUAUUUGGAGCAGCUAAGAAACAGCUUGCCAAAGAUACUAAGCACUUGACAAGCAGUGCCGAUCCUGAGAACUCAAAUUCCUCAAAAGAAAAUAAGCCACAGCUUCAGAAGACUUGCUUCAGUUGUCAGAAGAAGGUGGAGUUCUUUCUUGCCUGGGUAGCAGAGAAUCAAGAUAAACCUAGGAUCUUGUUCCUUGAAGUGGAUUCUAUUUACAGAUCCAGGCGGUUGUUGGACGAGCAGCACAGUGCAACCAAGUUUGCUCUUGAAAAGCAAUGGGGUGGAACCAAACCCCCACCAAAACCAAAACACAGACUCAUUGAGGAACUCAGCUGAGACACCUUGGUAAAACCUCCACUCAUCCUUGUAAAUCCUAACUCAUGGUUUUUGAUGAAGCGGGCUGACUCAGUGAUACAGCUUACUAACCUCAACAGUCCUAAAUUCUUCAAUUAUUGAAGAUGGCUAUUUGCAAGAUUGGAGAACUAAAGUAGACUCAUGGCUUGCAGCUAAUUUUUUUAGCAGACUGGGCUGAUACUUUGGUCAAGUAGACAAAAUUUUGGUUAAAUGUGGUCAAGAAUUGAGUACUGACAGAAUUGAUAUAUUUUUGCUUUAUCCAAACUACAUGUACCUGUUGUGUUUCAUGAGAU